AUAUGCUAAUCAACAUUUUACGUUAUAACUGCCAAUAUGGAAUCAAAAGUCGUUUCAUUAUUUGUAAUUUUUGGGUUCGUCACUUUUUCGACAGCUUCUGUAACAAACAAAAAAGAUUGCAAAAUGGAUAAGGACAAAUGUACAGCAAAAGAUCAACGAUUAAUUUAUCCAAGAUGCAUGUUAUAUCGAGAGGAUGAUUCUCUCUGGUGCGAUCAAUCUAACUAUACGAAAAUCCCCGACCCAGAUACGAUUCUUCAUUACACGACUUGCAGAAAUGUGUCAGCUCUUUACAUCAACGACAGUUGUUUGCAAACGUUGGUUAAAAGUGAUCUGCAAAAAUAUCAUAACAUUCGUGUCUUCAAAUGUGGUAGAAACUAUAUUUCUGAGCUACAGGCAAAUCUAUUUUCUGGAAACCCAAAUUUGAACACAAUUGAUUUCUGCAAAAACAACAUCAAGUAUAUCAAAGAUGGAGCUUUCGAAGGAUUGUCUCAACUUAGAAUUCUCAAUCUUGCAAACAAUCAACUGAAUGAGAUUUCUUCAACAAUGUUCUUUGGACUCGAUUCUCUGGAAGAGCUGUCUCUUCACAAUAACAAGAUUGCUGUUCUACAAAAAGAAUCUUUCCUGGGAUUGAAAAAUCUGAAAAUAUUGACUCUGACCGCAAAUGGUAUCAUGCACAUCGACGAGGACGCUUUUGACGGUCUUGAGAAUUUGAAACAACUUCAUCUCGACGAAAACAAAUUGCAGGAAAUAAAAUUGGGAACAUUUUCCAAAUUGAAAAAUCUUGAAGUUUUAACGAUAUCAUACAACAAAAUCAACCAAUGGCCAGAUUUUUCUGAGGUUCCAACUAUCCAUACGUUAAAUCUUGCCCAUAAUCUUCUUCAAGAAUUUAAAUCAACACACAUUGGAAAUUUAUCUCAAUUACAAAAUCUCUCACUUGAGAAUAAUUCUCUCACAUCGCUACCUGAAGAUUUGUUUCGCCACAAUUCACACUUGAGAUAUUUGAAUUUAGAGAAAAAUUAUUUGGAAUCUAUUGACCGACUAACUUUCUCUCGUUUAUGUCAUUUGGAAACUCUCAAACUUGGACAAAAUCGACUGAAAACCCCACAUGCUGAAUGGUUUCAACAAGUCGUGCAAAACGGAAUAGUUUACGGGAAUGAUAUCAGUGGGAACAAAUGGAGAUGCGGAUGCAACAUUCUCAAAUUUUCUAUGUUUCUUCAAACCUUGGCAUCGCCUUGGAAGAAUUCUCUUCAAAUAAAUUGCGACUCGCCAAAGGAAUUGAAAAACAAGGUAUUGGACGUCUCCAGAACCGAAUACAUUAAAAGAAACAAAAAAUGUCACUUACCAAAACCAAUUAUCACUGAUCCUUGUAACGUAACUGUUUCUACAACCCCAUUUGUGCGUAUUACAACUGUGUUUACGUAUAUUCCAACCACCACAGAAGACGGAGUCACAACUUCUGCAGAAAUGACAGAAACAACUCGAACUUUAUCAACCCCAGACACUCGAGACACCGUAGUUCAUGUAAAAUCGCAAACGGCACCACUUGAUUCGGGAAUUGUAAUAACUGUUUUGCCAUUUGUCCUGUCAUUUUUAAUUAUUGUACUUCUAAUUGUCAUUGUAAGAUAUUUUCGCAUGAAAAAUCACAAAAGAGACGUUAAACUAAGUGUACAAUACGAAAAGUCUUCCCUAAAUCAAAGCAGCAUCGACGAUAACCGCUCCGAUAGCAUGGGGCACGAAUAUGACUUAUUAAAUAGAGACGAACCUUUCAAAAGAAAUGAAAAAUUUUUCAAUAAUGAUGUGAAUUCAGUUACAAAUACAAGUAACUCUGAGCUACCAAUUAAUGACACCAACGUGCUUUCUUUAAAUGAAACCACCAGACAGUCCGGUAAUGCAUAUAUGCUGUCAAACACAAACAGCCGUGUUACAGAAGAAGCAUCCGUUGGCAGAACUUGUCAAACAGCAAAUGGUGGUUUAUCCAUCCGCGAUCAAUCUGGUGGCCAAGCUCCUUCAGAUCAUACGUCGCAAUCUCAAUCUUCUGAAGACAAUGUAUACAUGUCAAUGAACCCCGUGACGAUAAAUGAUACCGUUCCAAAAAGCGUGAUGUUUACUCCACAACAUUGCGGUAACGAUUACUGCGAAGUAAAUUCUCAUUUAUUGGCAGACUUUCCUGGAAUUAGACAAGCAGGGGAUGGCGAAAGCUUGCAAGUAGUCUGAGUUAAUCCUAUUGACAAUCGCGAUAAAGACAGCCAAACAAAGGUGUACCUUUUAGAUACAACAUCAGUCCGUUACUACAAAGCCAAUGUUUGAGAGAUAGCAUGUACCUCAUUAACUGAAUGACUAUUAAUGCAUUACUGUUCUUAUCAUUUCCUUUGCAAACUUUUUCUAUUAUUCGAAUUUAUUAAUAUAAUAUAUUUUGAGCACCAACGCAAUCUAAAUAAUCUCUCGAAAAAGAAACGCUCUUGCAUCACUAUGAUUCUAACCAGUUACAAAGUCCAUUUUUUACAAGUAUGUAAGUUUUGUUUUGUAAUAAGGUGUUUCGAAUUUGGAUAUGUCAUGAACUUUUAACAAGUAAGCUAAACUACUGUACCCUGACAGAAUUAUUAAAAUAAACUGCACGUCAUUAUUAUAUAGUAUGAGUUGUAAGUUACACCCGCCGUGAUUAUUUUGUAUUCCUAAUGUCGCUAAUCCACAUUUUUUAUCUGAAUCCUAUUAAUGCCAAAGCGAUGAAAUAAAUUUAUAAGCGGAAUUAUAAAUAUUUUAGUCUUUAUUUUUACCUAACUUGUUACUAUUUAUAACAAAUAGUUCUUUUUAUUUGACGCAACUUUGCUUUCAUUGCUUUUCUUCAUAUUUACUUGCGAACAACUUUUUUGUAUUUCGAUAAGUUCACAGGCCAUAGGUAGGCCACACUCUUUAUGUUUUUAUUGAUUUAUAUUUCCCAAUAAAUAUCUUUUGAAUUA